AUGAAACCCAAGGAUGUGAACAGUGCGAACGAGAAGUUCGUUCAACACCGAAUUUAUGGAAAAAACCGAAACAAUCAAAUCAAGAAAGCUAAAUUCAAAGUUGAUGAUCCAGUUAGAAUCAGCAAAUAUAAACAUACAUUUGAGAAAGGUUAUACACCUAAUUGGACAACCGAAAUUUUCAAAAUCAAUCAGAUACGGAAGACCGAUCCAACUACUUAUAAAUUGAUCGAUUAUCAGAGUAGUCCAAUUGAAGGUAUUUUCUAUGAGGAGGAAUUGGCGAAAGUGCAACACCCUGACAUCUAUCUCGUUGAGAAAGUCCUGAAAAAACGAGGGGAUACAUUGUUUGUGAAAUGGUUAGGCUUCGAUGACUCUCAUAACAGUUGA